AUGCUGAAAGGAUUAAACAGCGGCCUCGAAGCAGAUCAGAGAGUCCUAACAGCCCAUGGCAUCUACUCUUUGACAGCCACAACGGGCCUAACGGCACAGAAUACGUUGGGUGUCCAGGAUAUCCAUGUUGUUCCGGCGGCGUUUGUCGGGAAACAGAUCAAUGCUGCUUUGGAGGAUGUCGGGGCUGAUGUCGUUAAACUUGGAAUGCUAUCGUCCGCAGAGACGGUAGAUGUAAUUGCAGAGGAAUUGAAGAAACAUGUGGUCAAGACUGUUGUUCUCGAUCCGGUAAUGAUAUCAACAUCUGGCUCUCAACUUCUCCCGCAAGACGCAAUUCAACACGUCCGCACAAACCUCCUGCCACUAACCACAGUUCUAACCCCCAACAUCCCCGAAGCCAAACUUCUGCUCGAAAAUGCGGGCCAUUCACCAGUCAAUGAACCACAGAAUGUAGAUGAAAUGAUCGAACUUGCCAAAAGAGUGCAGGGGCUCGGAUCAAAAGCCGUCUUGCUGAAGGGGGGUCAUUUACCGUUUACAUCUAAGCGGGUGCGAGCGAAUUCGACUGAGGAGGCAAGGAUUGUGAUUGAUGUUUUGUAUUCUGCUGGUGACGAUGUAAAUGAGGAGGUGGUGAUGUUAACAGAAACAGAGUAUUUGAGAUCGAAGAAUACACACGGCACAGGAUGUUCGCUUGCGUCGGCAAUAGCUGCGAAUCUCGCAAAGGGAAAUGAUCUGAAGACGUCAGUCCGUUCGGCGAUAAAGUACGUCGAAGCUGGGAUCAAACUCAGUGUUGAUAUGGGUCAGGGGAGUGGGCCGAUCAAUCACUUUCAUUCGCUAUAUAGUAUGCCUUUUGCACCUGGUCAAUUCGUCGACUAUGUCCUCAACAGGCCGGAUAUGAGACCCAUUUGGCACAGGUUUACGCAUCAUCCCUUUGUGCAAGGAUUGGGAGAUGGGAGCCUUCCUUUGAAGAACUUCAAGGAUUAUCUUGUACAGGAUUACCUCUACUUGAUCCAUUUCGCAAGAAGCAAUGCCCUCGCUUCCUACAAAGCUCGCACCAUGAAAUCCAUAGCUGCCUCAGCGAGAAUAGUUCUACACAUCAACACCGAAACAGCCCUCCACAUCGACUACUGCGCCAGCUUCGGCUUAACCCGCGAAGAAAUGGAAGCCACCCCCGAAAAACAAGCAUGCGUCGCCUAUAGCCGCUACAUCCUCGACAUAGGCCAGUCCGAAGACUGGCUAGCUCUCCAAAUGGCUCUGGCACCAUGCCUAAUCGGCUACGGCGCAAUUGCGCGUCGUCUCUACGACGAUGCCGAUCAUACCGUGCAGGGGGAAGAGAAUAAUAGAUAUUGGAAGUGGAUUGAGAAUUAUGUGGCGGAGGAUUAUGUGACUGCUGUUAAGACUGGGUCUGCAUUACUGGAGGAACAUAUGCAUCAGGUUUCGCCGAGUAGAGUGGAAGAGUUGGUAGGAAUCUUCAAGAGAGCGACUGAGUUGGAGAUUGGGUUUUGGGACAUGGGGAUGGGGGAGUGA